CCCUCACAAGAAUGUCUGGGAAUUCCCAAUCUUUUUGACAUACUUAUAGCACACUGUGAGUGUCAAAACACCAUAGAGCAGACUAUUCUAAUCACCACUUCAUCCAAACCAUUAUAUUGUGCAAAUGUGCAGUCCGUUUGAUCGUAAUUUAUAUAAAUGUUUGGCGCGAGCGGGGAUGGACUUGUUUGGGAACAGCAGUCUUUUUCAAUGUCGGCCAUGACUGUCGAAUCCAAUGUACUACAGCAACACGCUUUACAGAACCAAGACCAGAUUAUUAAUCAGUUGAAGGAGAUCACUGGUAUACAUGAUGUACAGACGCUACAGAAAGCAUAUAGUGUUAGCCAUGGUGAUGUUUCACAGGCUGUGCAAUUACUGACAUCAGAGACUACUACAGAUGCUGCUCCUACACAGGUCGUACCAGUAGGUGAAGUUAGUGACCCUACUCCCGCUAUUCCAGAUGUACAGUAUGGACCGAAAACUAAAAGCCAAGCUGCUGGUGUGAUAGAUUUAACCAAUGAAGGUGAUGAUAAAGCUGAUUUACGAAGAGCUAUUGCAUUGAGUUUACAAGAAACACAAACACCUUCUGCUAAUAUUGGUGUAUCUGCAGAAGAACAAGAUAUUAGUAGGGCUUUAGAGGAAAGUUUAGCUGAAACUAAACAUGGUGCUAAGCGAAAAAGAGGUGAAGGAUGGUUUGUUGACCCUCUCAAUCCACAUGAAAGACAGAGAGAGAAUGGUUGGCCUGUUGGAUUGAAAAAUGUUGGCAAUACCUGCUGGUUUAGUGCAGUUAUACAGUCACUGUUUCACCUUCCUCUGUUCCGUCAUUUAGUAUUAGAAUUCAAACCUAUUCAUCCAAAACUGGAAAAUGCCACAACUCCAGAAGACAUUGUAGUAAGUAGUAAUGGUGUAGACUUGUCAUUUCCAUUCAUAUUGAUAGUGCAGGGAACAACACUGUCUGAAACAUGCAUUGUUAUACAUGUACCAGCAUUUCUAAAUAUCAUACUGAUUUGGUGUAAUUGUGGUGGACGAUGCCAAAUAUUGCCUACAGUAAAGGAAUGUGUAUGCUGUAGGGAGAUCACUGUUGUUGAUGCCAAGUGUUUAGAAGCAGUGUUUGAAUUUGGUUUAAAGAAAGAUUGCAAUGCAUCACGCAACAUUCAGGCUUCCAAUGUGUUAGUUUGA